UGCACAGCCGGAGUCGGAGGAAGCUGCCAGAACAAUAAAUUUCAGUGUCUGCCUGAGCCACCCACAGCAGCGGGAAGAUGAUCUCCGUGUUUGAGAGAGUGAUGAAGCAGUCCUGGCUCGGUGUGGAUGUCUCCCGGGUUUUGCACUUGGCUGCUGUCUUCUGCCUGACAUGUGUGCUCCUAAAAGCCAUCCAGCUGUACCACAGGAGACAGGAGCUGCUCAAAACAUUUGUCAAGUUCCCAGGCCACCCGACCCACUGGCUCUUUGGACAUGUUCAUGAGUAUUUGAAAGAGGAAGAGAUUCUGGACAAGGCAGAGAUCUGGGCGCAAAAGUACUUAUAUGCUCACCCUCAGUGGUUUGGGAGUUUCAUGGCAAUCCUGGUUGUCACCGAUCCCGACUAUGCAAAGGCUCUGUUUGCCAGAGGAGAUCCCAAGGAUAACCUUAGUUACAAACACCUUGUUCCAUGGAUUGGGAAUGGAUUACUGAUCUUACAUGGGCCAAAAUGGCACCAGCAUCGAAAACUUCUCACUCCAGGGUUUCAUUAUGACGUCUUGAAACCUUAUGUGGCCCUGAUGGCAGAGUCUACUAACGUGAUGCUGGAUAAGUGGGAACAGCUGAUCACAGACGGGAGAUCCGUGGAACUCUUUGAGCACGUCAGCUUGAUGACUCUCGAUAGCAUCAUGAAAUGUGCCUUCAGUUGUCACAGCAACUGCCAGACCAAUAGGCAGAACAGCUACAUCCAGGCCGUCUAUGACCUAUGUUUCAUGGUGAACCAGCGACUCCGCAUCUUCCCCUAUCACAACGAUGUCAUUUACUGGCUCAGCCCCCACGGUUACCAGUUCAGGAAGGCCUGCCAGCUUGCUCACCGUCACACAGACAAGGUGAUCCAAGAGCGAAAAGAGUCCCUUAAGAAUGAGCAGGAAUUUGAAAAGAUCCAGAAGAAAAGACAUUUGGACUUCCUGGACAUUCUACUCUGUGCUAAAGAUGAGAAUGGGGCUGGACUGUCCGAUGAGGACCUGCGUGCCGAGGUGGACACGUUCAUGUUUGAGGGUCAUGACACCACAGCCAGCGGGAUCUCCUGGCUCUUGUACUGCCUGGCAUCACACCCCGAGCACCAGGCACAGUGCAGAGAGGAGAUCCAGGGGAUUCUGGGAGACCGUGAGACGCUUCAGUGGGAGGACCUGGGGAAGAUGACUUACACCACCAUGUGCAUCAAGGAGAGCCUUCGCCUUUACCCUCCGGUACCUGGUGUGUCCCGGCAGCUCAGCAAACCCAUCACCUUCCAUGAUGGGCGCACGUUACCAGAAGGCACAACCGUUGCAGUAAGCAUUUAUCUCAUUCACAGAAACCCCUAUGUAUGGAAAGAUCCAUUGGUGUUUGAUCCCUUGCGAUUUUCUCCCGAGAAUGUGUCUGGCAGGCAUUCUCAUGCCUUUUUGCCGUUUGCUGCUGGAUUAAGGAACUGCAUCGGGCAGCAGUUUGCCAUGAAUGAAAUGAAGGUUGCUCUUGCACUGACCCUGCUCCGCUUCGAGCUCUCACCUGACCCCUCCAAACCUCCCUGUAAAAUACCUCAGAUCAUCCUUCGCUCCAAGAAUGGGAUUCACCUGUAUUUAAAGAAAAUCCGCUGAUGCUGGAAAAAGUGCUGACUUUACUGGGGGGAGGGAACAUGCAGAUAAUAAGACAAUAUUUCAUCAAGGCGAAAGGUGCAAGGCAGGAUUCAGGGAUCAGGAUUCUUGAUUUCUGUGCUUCUUCCCCCAGCUGAAGAGCCCUUUUUGGCCUGGCAGCAUAUCACACCCUUUCAGUUUGACAGAAUAUGGAUCAAUCUACACAGUACCAUUUCCACCUGCUCUGGAAGUGCUGAUCUUCAAGCAGCAAUACUCAUCUCUUUGCUGGCUUCCCUCUCUUCUUGCUGGGGAGCCCAGUCUAACCUGCUGGGAAGGCUUUCCUUUGACUGCAAGAGGCCUGGGAUUAACUGCAGGUUCUGCCAGCCUUCUCACCAAAUUCUGUGUUCACUCUCACGUCUUCUCUGAAUUCUUCCCCCAUUACCCUUUCCCAGCCGUCCUCUGAUCUCUAUACUUCCCUCAGUGUCUAGACCUGAGCUGCCUUCUACUUGAAUCAUACUUCUAUGAGGCCUUACAGGAGCAGUUCAUGUCAGACGUCUCUCUUGUAUCCAGUGUAUCCCUGUUUUGUUAAAAGCAGUUUAGGCUCUUAAUUUAUGCUCGGAUUACAGAAUAUUGUGUCAUUUUUGUCAUUUUUGUCUUAAUAAACCAGUAAUUAU